AUGGAUAUGCUGAAGCAAUUGCUUAUAAAUGUUCCAUUGGUAGAGGCUCUCGAGCAAAUGCCUAGCUACGCAAAGUUCAUGAAAAACAUAUUGUUUAGGAAAAGGGGAGUUAAAGAGUAUGAAACUGUGGCUCUCACCCAAGAAAGUAACAGGUUCUUGAAUAAGUUGCCACCUAAAUUGAAAGAUCCAGGAAUUUUCACAAUACCUUGUUCCAUUAGCAACACUUACAUUGGUCAAGCACUAUAUGAUCUUGGUGCAUCCAUUAACUUGAUGCCCAAGAGUAUUUUCACCAAGUUGGGAAUCGGAGAGGCACGUCUAACCACUAUCACCUUACAACUUGCUAAUAGAUCCAUCAUUUACCCUGAAGGAAAGAUUAAAAAUGUAUUAGUGAGGGUGGAUAAAUUUAUACUCCCUGCUAACUUCAUUGUUCUCGACUUUGAAGGAGAUAUGGAGGUACCUCUUCUCUUGGGAAGAUCAUUAUUAGCUACUGGUAGAACUCUUAUUGAUGUUGAAAAAAGAGAUUUGACCAUGAGGGUCAAUGAUGAGCAAGUAAUCUUCAAUGUGUUGACUGCUAUGAAGUAUCCAAGUCAAAUGGAGGAAUACUCUACCAUAGAAGAUGCUGAUGAACCACUGCUGCAGCAGCAUGAAUUAGAAACUAAAAAGGAGCCACUGGAGAUUGCCAUAGCAGAAGAAGGUGCAAUUGAUGAAGAAGAGGUAGAAGCAUGUCUAGCCUGGAUAGAUGCCCAACCAGUAAUGUCAUUCAAAAAGAGACAUUAUAAGUUUCUAAAUUUGCAAGAAUGGAAAGCACAACCACCAAAGCCAUCAAUAGAAGAACCAUUAGUGCUAGAACUCAAGCCACUAUCUGAUCAUUUGAGAUAUGCAUACUUGGGAGAGAAUGAUACUCUGCCCAUGAUAAUUUCAUCUCUUUUGACCAAGAUGCAAGAGGAGCAUUUGCUAUAA